GACAUUAUUGUAGCGUCGCGCCUCGAGUGAAUUCCAAUUGGAGUAUUGCGAUCAGUAGGCUUCGCUCAUUCAUUCGUAGAAGUAGUAAACGCGCGCGCUUAAAAAUACACAAUAAUUUCGGUGUUGAGUUUUUUUGUCUUUAUUGUUUCCUUCAUUAGCAUACUUUUGUUGUUUUUUUUUUUUUGUGUGUGCUGGACUUAGCAUGAGUUACUGAAAGUACAGCAACGCAUAUUUGAAAAAAAAAAAAUUCAUAAAAUUCAUUAAUAAUGGAGUUUUUACUACGAUUGAUACAAUGCAUAUUAAAAUUAAUAUCUAUGGUGAUUCAUCCGCUCUUGAACAUUGUAUUGCCGCGCAAAGGUCCAUCCACCAUACCGCCAAUUCGCAACCAGCUGGUAACACUUCCGUUAGUGGAAGUGAUAAAAUUGAUGCGACAGCGAAAGCUAAAAUCUGUGGAUCUCGUAAAAGCUUACAUAGAACGUAUCGAAGAGGUGAAUCCUCAUCUAAAUGCAAUAGUGCAAGAUCGUUUUGAAGGUGCGCUCGAAGAUGCUGUGCGAGCUGAUGGACUAAUCGCCAAAGCCACGGACGAACAAUUACCAGCACUUUUUAGUCGCUAUACCUUAUUGGGUAUACCAUUUACGGUAAAAGAAUCGUGCGGAUUGAAAGGCAUGCCAAUCCGUGUUGGUAGUCGUCAACGCGCCCAUCUGAUUAGCUCUGCUAAUGGUGAAGUGGUGAACAAUGUGGUUGCUGCUGGUGGCAUACCAUUACUUGUUUCCCUAACACCGGAAUACUGCUUGAGCAUUGAAACAAAUCCGGCAACACAAAAGCGUUGCUUAAAUCCACACGACAGUAGACGAACACCAGGUGGAUCUUCCGGUGGAGAAGGUGCUUUGAAUGGUGCAGGCGCAAGCUUGUUCGGUAUUGCUUCUGAUGUUGGUGGUUCGAUACGGUAUCCGAGUUUAUUUAAUGGUGUCUUCGGUCACAAACCCACAGGUGGUAUUGUCUCGCUUGGAGGGUAUUUCCCAGACUCCAAGGAUAAAGAUUACCUUGAGUAUCUUCAAUUAGGUCCAAUCACACGUUUUGGUCGUGAUUUGGGCGUACUCAUGCAAAUUAUGGCCGGUGAAAAUGCUGAAAAAUUGGAUCUACUAACACCGGUGAAAACAAAGGAUAUUAAGAUUUUCUACGCGCUUGGAUUUGAUGGACUUAAUGGUGUUUUACAUACUUCCCCCGAAGCAGAAAUGAAACUUUCCAUUUUGACUGCUUUAAAGUACUUAAAGAGUCGCGGUUGCGAAGUUGAGCGGACAUCUAUGAGAGAUUUCAAAAACUCACUCGAAAUAUCGCUCGGCAGCUGGAUAUUACUAGAGCACUUUCCUUAUUUAAUCAACACUUCAAAACCAAGAAACUUAAUUGAGUGUUUAACCGAAAUGGGUAAAGCAAUAUUAGGCAAAUCGGAAUACACCAGAGAUGCUUUAUACUUUGAAUCCAUAAGACGUUUCAAUGCCGCAAUGCGCACGGAAAAUAUAUUGAAAUACAAAGCUGAAGCUGAGGUGCUGAAAACUAAGUUUGCUAAAAUGCUCGGCAAAAAUGGCGUUUUCUUUUUUCCUACAUUUCCUGUACCUGCAAUUCAUCAUAAUUCUUCGAUAUUAUUUCUUAGUAAUGUAGAUUAUUGUAUGAUUUUCAAUAUACUUGGCUUUCCAACUACCCAUAUACCUAUGGGACAUGAUGAUAACGGCUUACCGGUCGGUUUUCAAGUGGUCGCAGCGCCAUACAUGGAUAAGCUAUGCUUUCAAAUUGCUGGUGAAUUAGAAGCCGCGUUCGGUGGUUGGGUUAUACCAACACCACACGAACUUGAACCGUUUAAAUAAACGAAUUAAAUUGUUGUUGUUUUGAUCUUAAUAUUGAUAGUUUUUUAUGCGAAUUUAAAAGUUAAAUAAUUGUAAUACUUAAUAAAUGUUGCUAUGGUUUGUGUUCUUCUUAUCAAAUAAAAAAAUUUUCAUUACAAGAA